AUGCAGGAACCCCCACGUACAAUGCAGGAACCCCCACGUACAAUGCAGGAACCCCCACGUACAAUGCAGGAACCCCCACGUACAAUGCAGGAACCCCCACGUACAAUGCAGGAACCCCCACGUACAAUGCAGGAACCCCCACAUACAAUGCAGGAACACCCACGUACAAUGCAGGAACCCCCACAAUGCACAAUGCAGGAUGCAGGAACCCCACGUACAAUGCAGGAACCCCCACGUACAAUGCAGGAACCCCACGUACAAUGCAGCCACAAUGCAUGUACAAUGCAUGAACCCCACGUACAGCAUAGUACUGGUUGCCGAGAGAAGAUUGUAGUGAUGUGUCCGGCAUCAUAG